CUAGAUUAGGUUGGGAUAUCUGGUCGGCAUGGACGAGUUGGACCGAAGGGUCUGUAUCCAUGCUCUGCAGCUCUCUAACUCGAUGGGUCUGUGUGAACUUUAUCAACCUGAAAAACCAAGAGAAAGUCUGUAAAUAAAAUAACUAUGCGGUUCAUAUUGUUCGGUGAACUGCAUUUCAUAUAUCAUCCAACAGCAAAACAACCAGCUAAUCCAACAACACUAAUUUCGUUAAUCUUAGUUUGAAAUCUUGCCCUGUUUGCGAAGAUUUUUUUUGCGGAUAAAAAUAUCUAGUUGCCGGAAAUCUGACAUUAAGCAAAUCAGUGAAUGUUGUACAUUUCUGGGCGUUCCAUUUACAGUGGUAUGUGUUGCUAAGCUUCAGUUGUGCUAAGUAACAGGAGAGUUUCGCUUUCUCUCCCUCGUUUUCAAAUGGCGUGACGAAGGCAGCAGCUUCUGCAAAUGCCGUCAGUAGGGUUUCAGAGCUGCAGUUAUGUCAUCCAGGAAAGUUACUGCUUUGUCCUCCGUGCCAUUCCUGUCACAGUGAAUCUGCAAGGUCGUGUCAGAGAAGUCCCAAGACUGCAAUGGAGGUAUCCCACACAUCGGGGCACAGCAAGAGGAAUGCAGGGAGAAGGGAGCAGAGCCGGGCUACAGUGAGUUCCACUUCCCAGGUCCCCACCAGCAGACCGGGCUCCGGCCCCAGGAGUGUUUCUGUAAACCGGCACUGCACCCCGUCACCGCCGGCGCAGACACAGCUCAGGAGGACGGGAACAGCCCAGCAAAGACUUCCAAAUAGCUUAUACGAUGAAACAAACAGGAGAGAAGUUGGAUCUGGAGUUUUCAGCUAUCAAAUGUAUGAUCAAGUUGGAUGUCAUGUAAACAAGAAUCCCUGUUUACCCAGAAAGGAAUCUGCGGAAAGAAAACCAGAAAGAGGUGAAAGUCUGCAUUCUUUUGAAAAUGCAAAUCGUUUAACAGAUUGCGGUAACCACAAACAAAACAUUGUUGACGCAGAAAAUCAACAAAAGUCACUCAGAAGUUCUCAUAACAAUGAAACAUUUGUGGCACUCAUCAAUAUAAGGAAUAACUGCUGUGUAAAUGCCCUUCUGCAGACCUUGUUUAUAAUUCCAGAAUAUAGAGACCUACUUUUGAAGAAAGGCCUUUUGAAAAAAGACAAGAACCACAUUCUGUAUCACCUUGGCAAAGUUUUCCAGCAUCUACAAAACAAAACCGAGAGAACUAUAUCACCUGAAAAAUUUAUUAAGUCCUUGAGGUCAAACCAUAUUAAUGUGGGGAGUCAGAUGGAUGCUGAGGAACUCUUCCGUUCACUCUGUAAUCUACUAGAGGAUCAAUUGAAGAAGACACCACAUGUGUCACUGGCAGGAGCAGCAUUUAUUGCAUAG